GUGUUUCGCCUGGUUGUGAUUACCAACUGGUCGUGAUUUGCUCAUCAUUGAUUUCCCACCACUCCUCCAAUAACAAUAAUAAGCAGUUUUCCUCGACACAGUUCAAAAGGAGCAGUUGGUGUUUUCGGUUAUUUUCUACACAGGAGGCCCCCUGCUGUCAGACAGAUUGUCUGUAAUCACAAUCCCACUACAGCCAUGCGUGUGUGAGAGAGACAUAAAAAGAGACAAUUUAGAGAAAGAGGGAGCAAUAUGUGCUGAGAACCCAAGGUCUGUGAUUUCAAAAUAAAACCUUUGACACUCACACACACACAGACACACACACACACAACUGUACAAACAGACCACUAGAGGCCACCUAGACUUUCUGCUCUCCCAUCCACUUGGCGAUAACUUCAAAUAAAAAACAAUCCAAAUUUGCAUAUUAGCAUGUGCCUCCUCUCCAGGUCAAUUGCGGGCCUUGCAUAAGAACAUCACUUGUCUUGGCCUCACCAUAGCAACACCCCUCCUUCACCCGCACACACACAGGUUCUUAAGCAGGCUUUUCAUUCUAUCCUUAGCCUCUCCUCCUCCUCCUCCUGUCUUCUCCUCUCUCCAUCCAACCCCUCCCCUCGCCGUGCACUUGAUUACUGACUGCCAUUUUGACCAGAGAGCUGUGGAACCGGGGACUCUGCUGACUCAAGCUGCGGAGACAUCCGCCACACACACAUAUAGACAUAUUCAAACACUUAGUGCUGACUCUUGGUCGGGCUCGACCGGUCAGACCCUUCACCGACAGCUUUAUCUCAUCGCUUUGGACCAUGUUUCCUGAAUAUGUGUGUGUGAGAUCGCAGCAUGCAUUCGGUCCAGGCAGAGAUGUGGGACCCCUGCCCUCCGUCUAAACAUGGCUCGCCCCUCCCUCCGCAUCCCCCCUCCUGCCUACGCUCCGCCCAUGUGACCACAGCCGCCCCGGCCAAGCGGAUCACCUUCUACAAAAGCGGCGACAGCCAGUUCGGUGGCGUCAGGAUGGCCAUCCACAAGCGCAGCUUCAAAUGCUUCGACGCCCUGCUGGACGACCUUUCCCAAAAGGUGCCCCUGCCAUUUGGCGUGCGGACUGUGACCACACCCCGCGGCACCCACGCCAUCAAACAACUGGAGCAGCUCCAGGACGGCGGCUGCUACCUCUGCUCUGACCAGCGCCAGGCCAAGCCGGUCAACAUGGAGCUGGCCAGCAAACGUCCCAACAUCUGGUACCAUCAUAGCCGGAGGCCCCAGCGGCCCGAGUGUUCGUCCACAACGCCGCCCGGCCAUUUCUCUUACAGGCAGCGACGGAUCCUGCUGGUGAAGAACAGCGAGCCGGGCAUGAGGAGGAGCGUGGUGCUGAGCAGGAGGUCGACCAGGAGCCUGAGGGCCUUUCUUGAUGAAGUGUCCGAGGUGAUGCAGUUUCACGUCCGCAAACUCUACACGGCUGAAGGACGCAGGAUUGACAGCGUGCAAAGCCUCAUGACUUGUCCAGGUGUGUUGGUGUGUGUCGGCCGGGAAGCCUUCAGCACAGUGCUGGUAAACUUUAUCAGGAAAAGCUCGGAGGAAAAACUGCCCGGUCUGAGCAGCAGGUCCCCUGGUCUUGGCCCCAGGACUCCUGGAAACGGGGCCCGAUCUCCUGCUACUCAAGGAGCGAGAUCCCCACCUCAUGGUGCUCAGUCCAGAGCAAGCGAGUACAGUGAAGGGCAUGAAAGCAAGAAAAAUGUUAACUUUGGUUUGAAAACCAAAAAAAGCAUCAUCCACCCUCGUUCAGAUUCUUCAAACCGCUCCGCCCGUUUCUCCUUGUCUUCAGAGAAGUCAUACGGCAACGGUGUCAGCGCCCACUCCCAGGCCAGACCGGCUAUUACGAACGACGACAUUGAAAAGCGUGUCCUGGUCAAUAAAGAUGGCAGCCUCUCAGUAGAGAUGAGGGUGCGUUUUCGCCUACACAAUGAGGAGACCCUCCAGUGGUCUACACAAGUUAAAAAAUCCCAAUCUCUGACUAAUGGAUGUAGCCCCCUGAGCCAGGCUCAGCCCCAUUACCUGCAGCAGGGCCAAUCAGAGAGCUGCUCUGACCCUGAUUCCCCAGCCUUCGAACCAGAGAGUGUUUUGGAGAGGAACUGCUGCCCCUGCUGCUACCAGAGACCAGAACAGCAGUACGACUUGUGGGAAAACCCAGCACACAUCCACAAAAAGACUCCUGUCCCUCCCCCACAUAAAUCCAGCCACACCCACACUAUGAGGAGACAUACACACUCUUCUAGCUCUUCCUCAUCGUGUAAUUCCAGGAGGGUGGUGCGCUGUCAAGCGCGAGUCUCAAACUGCGGCGGAGGUUCAGAGCAGAGCCAAAUGCUCCAGGAGGAGAUAUUUGUGACGGAGCAGGUAGAUGUGGAGCAGGAUGAAGAUAUGCAUGUCGAGGUGUGCAGGGUGAACCGAUGCUGCAGCCGCAGUGAGGUAGUUGCCAUUGAUAGCAACCUACAACCACUUAGCAGGAAGUCAGCAGAGGAUGAGCUUAUAAUGGAGGAAGAGGGGGAGCAUCCGCUGUCUACUGUCAGUUGCUCCUCACAUGUCCUUCAGUCAUUGAAAGAGGACCCGGAUGAUGACCUGCCACCCAGCGCCUCACAAUGCUGUCAUAGCAACAAUGAUGAAGAUGAUGAGAUAAAGAGGGUUGGUAGUGGCUUGUCUGGUCACACAGGAGUUUCUCUACAGUCAGGGGCAUCCAGCGUAUGUACUAAGUGUGGCGGCUGCAAAGGUGGAGUCAACUCUAAUUCCAAUAGUAGAGCAUCAAAGAGGUCCCAUCCUUCCCAACGAGCCUCUCCGAAGCCUUCCACACCUCUCUCCAGCCAUGAGAUUGCAAAUAACGGCAGCGAUGACAACGACUCCGAAGGUUCAGCUGUGUCAACGCAAUCCAACAAGACCAACCUCACCAAUGAUGGGCGCUGCUCUGCAACAUCAAACAUUCUGGAUGGCAGAGCGUCUGGUGCCAUGUCCAGUACGUCCAAUUCUGACCCAUCGGGAAAAGAGGAAGAAAGGGCUCUUAGUGCCACCUCGGCCACAAGUCACAGGUCCAAUAGAUCACACAAGUCUGGCUGUAAAGGCAGCACUUGUGGUGCAGCAGAAAAAGAGGAAGAGAGGAGCCCCAGUGCCGUGUCGGCUCAGUCCAACAAGUCUGCCAAGUCAAACAAGUCUCACAAGUCCAACUGCAGCGGAACAGCUGAGGCUCCUGACAUAAAGACAAUAGAGCAGGCAGAGGGAGAAAACACUGUAGAGAGAGCACGGAGCUCCUUGUCAGUCAAAUCUGAUGCAUCUUCUGCAAAAAGUGCUUCAGUCAAGAUCACAACUACGGUUGCCUCCCCAACUGACAAUACAGCUGUGGAGGAGGAUGACGCACACAAAAGGACUCCCAGUGCCCUUUCUGUCAAGGCAGAAAGACCUGAUAGUGUCCUGUCCGCUAAAUCAGCUAAAUCCACUAAAUCCACUAAAUCUAAUGUGUCAGCAAAGUCUGGCACAUCUCACAGGUCAACUUGCAGUCACUGUGUGGGAGCAGUAUCUCCAGGCGCUAAGAAAGCUGAUGUCCUCGAAGCAACCGGACAGGAAGAAGGAAUUGAGGCAGAAGAGCGAGCAGGGACUGCCAUGUCAGCCAAAUCCAAUCUUUCUGCCAAGUCGAAUAAAUCCCAUAAGUCCACCAAAGCUUCGGAAAGGCCGCUUUCUCCCAGGUCAGGAACUGGAGAAGAUGGAGAAGAAAGGGCAGCGAGUCAAGCGUCUGGCAGAUCGGUCAAAUCUAACGUGUCUGUUAAGUCUUCAAAGUCAUACAAGUCUAACUGUAAUGGUAAUGAAAUCGCGGCAUCUCCAAGCUCCAAGGAAAACGCAAAUGAGAUGGUAGAGGAUGAACAGCAGAGGCCUGAAAGUGCAAUAUCUGCUAAAUCAGCGUCUUCUGCAAAGUCUCACCACACAAAUUGCGACACAAGUUCAAGAGCGGCUUCUCCAGCCAAAGACCCGGCAAAGACAGAGGAAGACAGAACCCCCAGCGCCAUGUCGGGGAAAUCGCACACCUCUGCAAAGUCCUCCAAGUCCCAGAAGUCAAACCGAACCACAGCAUCUCCAAAUCCAAAUGGAGCCGAUAUUCCUUCUAUUGAGACAAACGGAGAGGAGGAGCAAAGUGAAAGUCAAGAGCGGGUGGCCAGUGUCAUGUCUGUGAAAUCAAAAUCUUCAGGGAGGUCCCGUACUUCUCACAAGUCUGGCAAGAAUCUCACACCAAAUACUGUCACCAUUAAAACACCAGAGGCGGUUGACGAGGAAGGAAAUGAGACAACAGAGAGAGCACAGAGCGCUGCAUCAGCUGAUAUUGCUGUUAUUGAAACAACAGAUGAAAAUGUCGUGGAAGAUGAUGGACGAAGAAGUAAAUCUCAUGGCCAAAUGCUCUCACCUAGGAGAGCACGGACCCGCUCACCCAGCAGUCCUCAACCCCCCGUGCAACAGUUGUUGCCUGGCCCCACUGUUGGAGAGACAAGAGGGCCCAGUGCCUUGUCAGUUCGAUCCAGAAUCUCUGCAAAAUCUGGCAAAUCCAAAUGUCGCUGUGGAGCAGCUUCAGCAAAGGAUGAGGAGAAAAGGGAAGAUAAUGAGGAGCUGAAGAAUGAGGAGGCUUCGGAGCGUGCUGCCAGCAUCCGGUCAUCCUCAACCAAAAGACUGAGGAGAGAAUCAGGAGGCACCGAGCAACUGCUGAGUCAAAACUCAUGGGGGUCGGUCUCUCUUGGGUUGCCAGAGGACCAAGACACAGCGGACUCGGACAGUGGCAAGUCCAGUGUUUCUGUUCACACAAACACUGAGAGAAAGGGCAGAGGGAAGACAGCAACUCCCCAUGUCCCUGAAAGCGCAGAGCGGUCCGCUACGAAGGAAGAAAGGGAGGGAACGGGUUCCAUCAUGUCGCACAUCAGUAAAAGCACAAACAAACAUCCAGUAGUCAAUAUCCCUACUAUUGAAACGCCAGGAGGGAGUAAGAUGAAAGGUGAAGAAGGUGGAGAGCAAACAACAGAGAGAGGAGCCAGUGCAUUUUCAACCAAAAGCAGCAGGUCUCACAAGUCUUCUUGUAACCGUAGUGUCAAAGCAGCAUCUCAAAUGCUUGACAGUAAGCCUAAAGCACAACGCACUAGUGCCAGCCCAAUCAAAGUAGGAAAUGACCUUGAAACAGGAAGUGUGAAGUCUGUUUCAACGACUAAAGCUGGCGAUACGGACGCUCCCGACAACAGGACCUCAUCUGCAAUGUCAUCAGCAAGUGCUAAAGUUCGGAGCAAAUCCCCUGCAAGUGCCAGCGCUAACAAUGCUGAUGUAGCUGGAGAUUCAGGAGAUAAUGACGCUGAUAACCAGGCCAUCAGUAGACCAGCUAGUGAGGUCAAAGGGAAAGAAGAUACCGCAGACAAUGAGCAGGCUAGUGUCCCCUCCAAGAGUCCUUGUUGUCUCAGGCCUGAGUCGGUCAAGGCCAAAUCCAGUGGCAGUGUCAAAACGUCCAAUUCUCAAAAGAAAGAAAUCAAAUCUGCAAGCCCCUGUCCUCUACACAGCCCCAGACCACGCAGCAAAACGGAGACACAUAGUGAGAGCAUUCUGUCUCACUCUCUGUCCGCUGCUGAUUUGCUGAAGGAAACCAUGGCUGCCGCACGGUCACACAGCCGACAGUCGAAGGGCAGUAAAACCAGCGACAAGUCUAGGAGUAAAAAGUGUCAGAGGAACCAGACGGAUCAGGAGGAGCUGGAACUGUCGCCUGCCUGUCUGCCCAACGCUUCCCCCAACGAGGUCGUCAGUGACUGGCUGCGGAGCAUUCCCGCUAACAGCAGCAUGCUGGCACUCGGCGAUGAGCCGAAUGAGGAGGAGCAGGUGGUGGAAGAGAAACCUGGAGAGGAGGUAGCAAAUGAGGAGGAAGGUCCUGAGGAGGAGAAAGUUGAGGCUGAAGAGGAAAAAGAGAAAGAGGAGGAUGCUGAAUGUGAUGCAGCAGAAGUGGAGCAGAGUCCAGAUCCAGCUCCAGGCGAUGCAGUGGAGGCUCGCCCCAACGCUAUGAUGUUGAGCGUCGACUCUCUGCCCAGGAGCUUGCAUUCUUCAACUGCAGUGAUGAAAGUUCUUCUGAGCUCUUCUCUGAGUCGAUGUCAGAGCAUGCCUGAGGUGUCUCCAGUUUAUGGUCGUAGACUGAGCACAUCAGCCAGGGGGCUCUUGGACUGUUUGACCCAGCUCCAGCUCAUAGAGCCUGCAGUGAGUCUUGACCAACAGAAGGACCGGCGGUAUGAGGACAUUAUGGCCAUCCUUCAGUCUCUCUGGCACACCGAACCCAGGAACAUUGAGGCCAAGGAGACCAAGGACGUUGGCAAAGAGCAAGUGAGUCCACCGAGGUCCUCAUCUGGGGUGGGUAUGAGCAGUGGCUCUGGCGGAUCAGGGAAGGAGAACGAAAAUCAAGGUGGAGAUGAAAAGACGCAAAACAAAACAAAAGAGACCUCUUUACAUGAGGAUGAGGGAGCGGAGAAGGUUGUAAGAGAGGAGGAGGAGGAAGGAAAUGCAGAGGCAGGACACAAGGAACCAGAGGAGACAGAUGGAGCAGAGGAACCGGCACAGAGUGAAGAGCAAAGUACAAUCCCUCCAAGUCUGGACAGCCCAAAGGCCACCGAGAGCUCUCCUAACGACAGCUCCAAAUCCCCCACCGAUAACGAAGAUACGCUGGAGGACUCCAGCUCAGGAACGCCCCCGACUGUCCUGCGAGCACCUUUGUCAAAAAGACAAUCCCAAGACCCUGAUCCGGUGUGGGUCCUGCACCUUCUGAAGAAGCUGGAGAAACAGUUCAUGAACCACUACAUUAGCGCCAUGGCGGAGUUCAAAGUUCGUUGGGACCUGGACGACAGCGUCAUCCUGGACACCAUGAUCUGCGAGCUGAAGGACGAAGUGAGCAAACGCAUCGAGAGCAGCAUCGAGCGCGAGGUGCGGAAGAUUCAGGGUCGCGCCGGCAGAGGGGGGAGGUUGCCCCGGCCGCCGCAAAGAUCGAACCUCUCCAGGGAGUCCACCAUGACGGAGAAGAGGCGUCGAAUAUUGAAGGUCAUGAAGAUCCAGUCAGUGAAAACUGCCGAGGCCCUGAGCGAUGGAGAGUUGACAGGCGAGUUCAGCGACCAGCGAAGUGACGAUGAGUACUGCCCCUGCGAUGCUUGUGUCCUCAAGAAAAUGGCCGCCCGGCCUCUCAAAGUGAACCCAGCAGCAUCCGAAGCACCAGUGAUGAUGGAGUUCGACCUCCUUAAGAUUUUGCAGCUGAAGAAAAGCCCAUCGCCUGCGCCAUCACCUGCGCCAUCGCCUGCGCCGGUGCCAUCACCUUCACCGGUGACACAACCUGCGGAGACGGAAAGUGAAAGCGAGGUCACAGACAAUGAGGCGAGGAGUUUAGAGGUAGUGCAUGAGGAGGAGGAGGAGGAGGAGGAGGAGGAAGAGGAGGAGGAGGAGGAAACUAAAGAGGAUAUCAAAGCUGAUGUUGUUUUAGAGGAGACAAUCCCAGAGGAAGAUGAGGAUAUAGGAAAAGAAGAAGAUGGUGAUGAGGUUGGAGAAGUGGAGGAGGUAGAGGCUGACAAGGAGGAAAGUAGUGCAGGUGAUGAAGAGCAGGAAGAGGGAGAAACAGGUGGUGAGGAAGCUGGGGAAGAGGACACAUCAGAAAAUGGGGAGGAAGAGGAAGAGGCAGAGUGCCAGUGUGCUAGAAAUGAAGAGGGCGAUGAGGAAACAGCAGGAGAGGAUGCUGAGGAAACUAGCGACAACCCAGGUGAGGAUGAGACAGGAGAUGAUGGAGAGAGAACAGGGGAGGAAGAGGAGGAGACAGGAACAGGGGAGGAGGAGAAGAAUGACAAGGAGACAGUAAAAGAGGUAAAAGCAGGUGAAGGAGAGACCACUGAAAAUGGCGAGGGUGAGGAAGAAGUGGAGGCAGAGGAGGAAGAGUGUGAGGUGUGUGAAUUCAAGGAAGAAGAAGAAGAAGAAGAAGCGACAGGCAGGGAGAGCGGAGAAGAAGAAGCAUCUGGGGAAACGGAGGAUGACGGUGCUGAAAAAAAUGAAGAAGAGUCCACGCCGGUGGAGGAAAUGGCGGAGGGAAACGUCAGCACCUCGGCAGAGGCCGAGGAUGAAGAUGACGGGGUUGAAGGCGAAACGGGAGGAGAGAGUGAAGAGCAGGGAGGGGCGGCAUCAGAGGAGGAAAAAGCCUCAGCACAGGGGGUGACUGGGACCGAGGGAGAGGAGGCCGACGCCGAAGACUCAGACACCGACGGCAAACGGCCGAGCGACACCAGCCCCGACGAAUCAGGACGCGAGGGAGCCGCAGGAGACGAGGAGGAGAUAGAGGGUGUUGAUGUUGUUGAAGAUUUCAAGCCUGAGGAAGAAAAGGUGAACAAAACGGACGAUGAUGCCCUCCUCCGUCAGUUCACCAAGACCUCUGUGGAGAGCCAGCCCGGCUCUUUAGAGGACGUCGACACGGAGUCACCCGCUAAAACUUUAAACUCCAUAGAAGUGCCCAAAAUGGCUAAUGGUGGCGGUGCGGGCCAGAGGAGGAGCCGCUCGCCAGGAAGGGUGAAAUGCCGCAAACCCAAAGAGAGUGACGCCGACGUGGAAGACUUUUAACUCGUCACAGACUCCCAUAAACCCUCAGUGACUACACGGGUAGUAGAUUAAAAAACACUGCAACCAAAAAACACUUGAAGCACUUUAUCACUCCAGAUCCGGUGUAGAAUCUCGACACUUGAGACCACCACCUUAUCCUAUUUAAUUAUACGAAUUAUAUAUAUUUUUUAUGUUAAAUGUAUGUACGAAAGGGAUAUGUCUAUUUCUAUAUUCAAUGUGUAUGAAUAAUAUUUUUUAAAAACAAAAAAAAUACAUUUUUGGCACCCAUGGGUGUGUUAUGUGAACUCAAGUUGUGUGUUCAGUGGACCACAGGUUUAAUGAUUUAUCCAAUCAUAUAGCCAUUAAUAUACCUCGGAGACAUGUUAGACGUUAAUUGCCUGUUAAUUUUUUAUUAUUCUAAAUCACAAACUGUAUUUCAGUAGCUUUAUUGUAUCAUGUUUGAAUAUAAUAAUGUGUUUUCCCCUUUAAACAUGCUAUUGUGUAAACUUUAGCGACCGUACCUCAUUAUAUUUAUCUAGUCCAAUUACUGUGAUCAUUUACAUGAACAUCUGAUUUUCAGAUUGACGUAAACCCUUCUCUGCUGCUUAUAAAAAAAGAAUUCCUUAGGUGUGUGUUACAUGCUGUAGAUUCAGGUGGGGUUUGCAUAACCAGCCGUGAAGCGUGUUACUGAUGCCUUACUGUAUCCAUGGUUAUAUGAAGGUAGAUCGACAGGAACAGAGGGGGGGGGGAGAUUACGAGGAAGUGUCUUUUGUUUCCUGACGUCCUCUCUCUCUCUCCAGCAGAAUCAGAGCCUGUUAAAGAGGCUGGACUGGAUCGAAACUGCCGUUUAAAAUGCUGGAAAACAUACUUUUUAAGACCCCUAAGGAGUAUUUUCUCUCGUUUAACCCCAAGCCGAGUGAGCUGGGCUCAACUUGUACUUUUAGAGCAGAGAUAUUCUGUGUGUGAACGAGGCGAAACAUCUAUUUCUUAUUGCUUAGAUUGAUAGAAAUCCUCCUGUUUGUGGUACCAAGAGAGUGUGUGUGUGUGUGUGUGUGUGUGCCUAUGCUGUUAUUGGUCUAUUUGGCCGUCCAUCAGUCUGUGACAUCACCAAGUGAACAUCAUGUACCUAGAGCAAAAUGAAUGUAAUAAUCUUCAUAUAAAUAAAAUAAAUGCACAGGAA